AUGUUGCCUCCUCCUUUCAUUUCCGAUGUUGCCUCCUCCUUUCAUUUCCGAUGUUGCCUCCUCCUUUCAUUUCCGAUGUUGCCUCCUCCUUUCAUUUCCGAUGUUGCCUCCUCCUUUCAUUUCCGAUGUUGCCUCCUCCUUUCAUUUCCGAUGUUGCCUCCUCCUUUAAUUUCCGAUGUUGCCUCCUUCUUUCUUUCUUUCCGAUGUUGCCUCCUUCUUUCUUUCUUUCUGAUGUUGCCUCCUUCUUUUUUUCUUUCCGAUGUUGGCCCCUCCUUUCUUUCUUUCCGAUGUUGGCUCCUCCUUUCUUUCUUUCCGAUGUUGGCCCCUCCUUUCUUUCUUUCCGAUGUUGGCCCCUCCUUUCUUUCUUUCCGAUGUUGGCCCCUCCAUUCUUUCUUUCCGAUGUUGGCCCCUCCUUUCUUUCUUUCCGAUGUUGGCCCCUCCAUUCUUUCUUUCCGAUGUUGGCCCCUCCAUUCUUUCUUUCCGAUGUUGGCCCCUCCUUUCUUUCUUUCUGAUGUUGGCCCCUCCAUUUCUUUCUUUCGAUGUUGGCCCUCCAUUCUUUUCUUUCCGAUGUUGGCCCCUCCUUUCUUUCUUUCCGAUGUUGGCCCCUCCUUUCUUUCUUUCCGAUGUUGGCCCCUCCUUUCUUUCUUUCCGAUGUUGGCCCCUCCUUUCUUUCUUUCCGAUGUUGGCCCCUCCUUUCUUUCUUUCCGAUGUUGGCCCCUCCUUUCUUUCUUUCCGAUGUUGGCCCCUCCUUUCUUUCUUUUUUGGUUUACUUUAUGGCCCCCCCAUCUUAAAAUCAUUGUUUCCCCCUUUUUUUCAACUGUAUUCUUUUUAAUUUAUUAA